CUGGAGGGUGGGUGGCUGGUGGACUUCCCCAAUCCCAGCCUAGGCGGGGGACUGGGUGCCCCUGGCCUCUACUACAGAACCUGGGGGCUGGGCAGCGAGCAGGCAGGACAGGGCCUGGAGCCGGUCCAGGAAACAGCUAAUGAUCAACCGGCUGCCAUGUCUGUGCAGCCGCACUGGGCCUGCCUCUCCGUCACCAGCCCUCAGGGGCAGGGAGGAAGUAGGGCAGGAAGCAGGGGGCGGAGGCCGCUGUGCAGUCAGCCCCGCUGUGGGCGGCCCCUGCCUGCUCCGUCCAGCUGGAGACAGCCCUGUGGGGCCAGCCAGCGCUGGGCCAGGAGCGGCCACCAGGUGCCUGCGUGCUACGGUCCUGUAGGCCUGGGAGCUGCCCCCGAGGAGCACGCCGCAGAUGAGGCUUCUCCCGCCCGUGUGGCAGGGCUGGCCGCUGACACCCCUCCCUGGCAGAUGGGGGCUUAUCCCACAGACCUGACCCUGCAGCUGCUGGCUGUGUGGAGGAAGAGCGGGCUAUAGGAACCCGGCCUACAGCAGACCCUCCGGGGCCAGCUCCGCCUGCUGGAGAAUGACAGCCGGGAGAUGGCCUGCGUGCUCAGGGAAUUAUCAGCCAGGCUGCUGUCGAUCCACAGUGACCAGGACCGGAUCGUGGUGACGUUUAAGGCUUUUGAAGAAAUCUGGAAGUUUUCCACCUACCACGCUCUUGGCUUCACUCAUCACUGCCUGGCAAACCUGCUUAUGGACCAGGCCUUCUGGCUGCUCUCGCCCAGUGAGGAGGAGGAGACGGCCAUCCAAGUCCAUGUGGAUGAGAACGCCUUGAGGCUGACCCACGAGAGCCUCCUUGUCCAAGAAGGACCCUUCUUUGUCCUGUGUCCUGACCACCAUGUGAGAGUGAUGAUGGGUCCCCGGGAUGCAGGAAAUGGCCCCAGGCAGGCUUCAGGGGCUCCCCAGGGAGAGGCGGCCCCGGAAGCAGACUCUUCACCACCGAGCCCCAGCGUGUCCUCCGAGGAGGUGGCAGAGGCAGCCGCCCCGGAGCCUUUGAUUCCGUUUCAUUAGUGGGCUCUUAGGAUCCCCCAGGACCCCAUCGAUGACGCCAUGGGUGGCCCUGUGACGCCCGACAACCUGCUGAUGGCUGUGGGCCUGGCCUCGGUGUUGGCAGACUUCCAGGGCUUGGGGCCCGAAGAGAUGACCUUCCAAGGUGGCGACCUCAUUGAGGUCCUUGGGGCGUGGGUGCCCGGCCUGCCCUGGUGCGUGGGCCGACACGCAGCCUCGGGCCAGGUGGGGUUUGUGCGGAGCAGCCUCAUCAGCAUGCAGGGCCCCUUAUCCGAGAUGGAAAGUGCGAUUUUUCUCAAUGAGGAAGAAAAGUCAUUCUUCAGCGAGGGCCGCUUUUCUGAGGAGGAUGCCAGGCAGUUGCUGAGGCGGAUGUCAGGCACUGAUGUCUGCAGCGUGUACAGCCUGGACUCAGUAGAGGAAGCUGAGACCGAGCAGCCGCAGGAACAAGAAAUACCUCCACGUUGCCUGGGCCCGGAGCCACAGGAGACCCUGCAGAAGGUGAAGAAUGUUCUGGAACAAUGCAAGACCUGCCCAGGUUGCCCCCAGGAGCCAGCGUCCUGGGGUCUCUGUGCAGCAUCCAGCAAUGUGAGCUUGCAGGACCCUGAGGAGCCCUCCUUCUGCUUGGAAGCUGAGGAUGACAGGGAGGAUCCAGAGGCCCUGAUCUCACGGCUGCUGUUCCUGAACACCUCUGGAUACAAGGCCAGCUUCCGUGGCCUGUACAACGUGGCACUGCCAUGGCUGAGCAGCGUGUUCUGCAGCUUUAGCGAUGAGGAGGAGCUGACUGGGCGCCUGGCACAGGCCCGAGGGGCGGCCAAGAAAGCUGGCCUCCUCAUGGCCCUGGCCAGGCUCUGCUUCCUCCUGGGGCGGCUGUGCUGCAGGAGGCUCAAGCUCCAGGCCCGGGUGUACUUUGAGGAAACACUGGGGACCCUGGAGGGCAGCUUCGGGGACCUGUUCCAGGUGGUGGCUAUGUACGCCAACCUGACCAGCAUUUACCAGAAGCAGAACCGGGAGAACUGUACACAGGUGGUUCCCAAAGCCAUGGCCCUGCUCCUGGGGACGCCUGGCCACAUCUGCAGCACUGAGGCGGACGGGGAGCUCCUGCAGCUGGCGCUGCAGUGGGCGGUGGGUGGCCAGAGCCUGCAGGCCGAGGCCCGGGCCUGCUUCCUGCUGGCCAGGCACCACGUGCACCUCAAGCAGCCUGAGGAGGCCCUGUCCUUCCUAGAGCGGCUGUUGCUUUUGCACAGGGACUCUGGAGCCCCAGACGCUGCGUGGCUUUCAGACUGCUCCCUGCUCCUGGCUGACAUCUACAGCCGCAAGUGCCUGCCCCACCUGGUGCUGAGCUGUGUCAAGGUGGCCUCAUUGAGGACACAGGACUCGCUGGCCGGCUCGCUGAGGAGCAUGAACCUGGUGCUCCAGAACGCCCUCCGGCCCCACAGCCUCCCCACCCAGACUUCCCACUACCUCAGGCGAGCGCUGGCCUCCCUAACCUCGGGCACAGGCCAGGCUCUGCGUGGCCUUCUCCACGCCAGCCUGGCCCAGCCGUACAGCCACCAUGGCUACCACGGCCCGGCCAUCACCUUCAUGACGCAGGCGGUGGAAGCCAGUGCUGUUGCUGGAGUCUGUGCCAUUGUGGACACCCUGGUGGCCCUGGUCUGGCUGCACGGGCUUCAUGGGCAGAGCCUGGUGGCCUUGAACAUCCUGCAGUCUGUCCAGGAUGCAGUGGUGGCCAGCGAGGACCAGGAAGGUGUGAUUGCUAACAUGGUGGCCGUGGCUCUGAAGAGGACGGGCCGGACGAGGCAGGCAGCCGGGGACUACUACCGCGCCCUAUGGGUGGUUUGGGACCUGGGCCAGCGGAGGAACCAGGCAGUGGUGCUGGCCAACUUCGGGACCCUGUGCCUGCACGCGGGUGCCAGCAGGCUGGCCCAGCACUACCUCCUGGAGGCCGUGCGUCUGUUCUCGAGGCUUCCCUGUUUGGAGUGUGGCCGGGACUUCGCCCACAUACUCCUGCACCUGGGUCACCUCUGCACCCGCCAGGGCCCAGCCCAGCAGUGCAAGGGCUACUGUGAGUGGGCCCUUCUGGUCGCCGUGGAGAUGGACCACGUGGAGAGCCAGCUGCGGGCCGUCCAGUGGCUGUGCUACUUCUACAGCGUCGUCAUGCCCAGCGAGGCCCAGGGUGUCAUCUACCACGAGUUCCAGCUCUCCCUGGCCCACAAGGUGACCGACAAGGUGCUGGAGGGGCAGCUCCUGGAGACCAUCAGUCAGCUCUACCUGUCCCUGGGCACUGAGUGGGCCUACAGAUCCACUCUGGACUACACCAAACAAAGCGGGAUUUUCAUUGACCUCCAGAAGAAAGAGGAGGUGCAUGCCUGGCUGCAAGCAGGGAAGAUCUACAUCCUGCGGCAGAGUGAGAUGGUGGACCUGUACAUCCAGGUGGCACAGAAUGUGGUCCUGUACACAGGCGACUCCAACCUGGGGCUGGAGCCGUUUGAGGAAGCUGGAGACAUCUUCUUCAACGAGGCCUGGGAGCGGGAGAAAGCCGUGUCCUUCUACCGGGACCGGGCCCUGCCCCUGGCAGUGACUAUGGGCAACCGCAAGGCGGAGCAGCAGCUGCAGCUGUGCAAUAAGCUGGCAGCACUGCUGGCCACGCUGGAGGAGCCCCAGGAGGGCUUGGAGGUUGCCCACAUGGCCCUAGCACUCAGCAUCACUCUGGGUAAGUCCCCUGAGCCCCCGUCCUGCCAGGAUCCACACUUUGCCAGAGCCCAGCCUCCAGGUCUGUAGGGCAGGAGCUGAAACAGCUGCUGGAUUUUCCUGGUCUCCUGUCCUAAGGGUCCUGGGUUCCAGCCUUCCUUAGGAAUGGCCCAGUGGCCUCCCUGGAGCUCUGCACGUGGCUGGAGGAACCGGCAAGGUUCGCAGAUACAACCCAGCUCUCAAGCUGGCCAGGCCCCACCCUCAACAACUCAGUCUCAGCCUGGGAGGCUGACACAUGAGCGGGCAAUGGUGGCCUCUGGGUAAAGAAGGGGGAUUGUAGUCGGGGGGCCCUCCUGGAGGAGGUGACACCAAACUGAGUCUUGACAGUCAAGUGUCAAGUUGCAUUUAACAAAGAAAACAGGGUCGGGAGAAGGACAUUUUGGAGGACGGCAUCAUCCUCACAUUGAAUCCACGUUGCAAGAUCCAACCCAAAUCCCAGUGCCUCCUCUAGGAAGCCUGCCCAGGGUGCCAGCCUGCACUGAGCAACUCCUUCCUGGAGUCCCGAGACACCUUGAAUCUUCACAUCACCCAGGAAGGGUGGGGUGGGACCUGUGUCUUACCAUCCGCUUCACAGACAGGGGAACCCCAGCUCACGGCAGGUGCAGUGGGGCGGGGCCCCAGCCAGUCAGGCUGAGACCUUGCUGGGUUGGGUCUGUCUCGAGGGGAGGUGCUGUGCUCUCUCUGCCCCCAGCCCUGCAGGGGUGGAGAGCUGGGACUGGCAGACUCAGACCUGGGGUGUCUCCACCCCUCUGCCCAGCAGGCACUUGCCCCUCCUCAGCAUCGCACUGGCACCGCAUCAGUACUCCUUAUGGGCUGAGGGGCCAGGGCGCUCCAGUCCAGGGACCAAGAUCUUGGCCUUAGAACAACAUGAGAAGCUGGGGCAGCCCUAAGACCCCGCCCCAUAUCCCUCACCACAGGCCUGGGGCUGCCUGGGAGGCCCCCACCCAGUGCUGGCGACACCUGGUGGUCAGAAGCGGUCCCUAUGGCUUCCCAAGUCCCAGCCAGACAGGGAGGUGCCAGGUGUCAGGCCCAGAGAGACGCUGCUCACCACUCAGGGGCUCGCCUGGGACCCAGGGGACGAGCCUCCCAGAAGUGGGCCUUUAUCUCUCUUGGUCAAGCCUGCCGCCCACUCCGCCUGCCCAAGAGGAAUGAAAGGGCCAAGUAGUACCUGAGAGGCCAAAGUCCAUGGUUGGGGUCGAGGUGCAGAGGCCUCCUUCACCUCCUUCCCAUGCACAGCUCUCUGGGCCUCAUCGUGACUAUGCUGUCAGCCCAGGCCAGCUUCCCACAGGGAUGCCCCCUCGGAAUUCCCCAGGGGCAGCUGUCUUUCCAAGGCCACACCCUCCUCCUUGUAUAGGAGGCUCUGGACCCAGGGCCCAGAGGAGUGGGAGAGAAAGCUGGGCUGGAUGGGGCCUGAAAGACUGGCAGAGAGGCAGGGGUAAAUGGGCAUCCUUGCCGAUUGCCUCUAAAAUGCGGUCCCCUUUAGUCUACACGUGAGAGUGAGCCCUGGAAUAGGGUGGAUUAGGUGUGUCCUGGCUCAGCCUGCCACUCACUAGCUGCUGCACACACUACAGGCACAUGGAAAUGCACACGCAAAUGCACAUAGACACAGGCACGCACACACAGACACACAGGCACACGCACUCAGGCACACACACACAGGC